UGUGCGCCCCGCGAGCUGCAGCCACAGCUGCGAGGAGCCCGGCGCGACUCCCAGCAGCGCGCCCUGCCCCGGCGCCAUGCACUGCGAGGUGGCGGAGGCUCACUCAGACAAGAGGCCAAAGGAGGCCCUCGGCGCUCCGGGUUUAGGCCGCGGGCCCACUGGCCUUGGCGGCACCCACAUGGCCUUCAGGGUUACCGUGAGCGGCGGCGGCGGCUGCGUGGAUGGGGGCCCGCGUGACCUGCUGCCCCGGCCGCCCGCGCCCCCUCCGUGCGCGCACGACCUUCUCCGGCCACGGAGCCCCAGAGACUACGGUCCGUCCAAGGCCACCGCCGGGAAGGUGAACGGAACCUACGGCCACUGCACCCCAGGCUCGGAGAAGAGCCUGCUGGACCUGGACCUUGCGGAGGGCCCUGGCCCCACCUGCCGUCAGGGCCUUUUCCUCCCUGCGGGCACCCCACCGCCCCGGGGCUGCCGCCCACCCUGCGAGAGGCUCCUGCAUUUCCCCCACCCUAGCAGGUCGCCCAGACCACAGGCCACGUAUGUGAAUGGUGGCCUUCCGGCCACACAGCACAUCAAGCAGGAGUCCCUACCUGACUACAGGGCCAUGACGGAGGCCCGCACACCCCUGUCCGCUCACUGCCGGGCCCCGCCAGCCACUGGCCUGCACUCAGACCUGGACCUGCCGGGCCGGGGCCUCGCCAACCCUGCACCUUCCUGCUACCUUCUGGGCAGUGAACCGAGCCCCGGCCUGGGCCCGCAGCCCGAGGCCCACCUCCCCGAGGGCGGCCUGAAGCGCUGCUGCCUCCUGGGCCUGCCCUCCACCUCUUCAGCCUCCUCCUCCCCCUGCGCUUCCUCCGAUGUCACCUCCAUCAUCCGCUCUUCCCAGACAGCUCUGGUCAGCUGUGUGAACGGACUCCGGAGCCCCCCUCUGUCGGGAGACGUGGGGGGGCUUUCCAAGCGAGCCCGGCCUGGCCCUGCAACCACAGAGAGCCAUGAAGGCAGCUUGCAACUUGAAGCCUGCCGGAAGUCAGGCUUCCUGAAGCAGGAGCCCACGGACGAGUUCUCAGAUCUCUUUGGGCCUCCCCAGCAGGGCCUGCCACCCCCCUACCCUGUGUCCCAACUGCCACCCGGCUCGGGCCUCGGAGGCCUGGGGCUGGGCCUGGUGGGCAGGGGGACGGCCGGCCGGCAGGCUUGCCGCUGGGUGGACUGCCGUGCGGCCUAUGAGCAGCAGGAGGAGUUGGUGCGGCACAUCGAGAAGAGCCACAUUGACCAGCGCAAGGGCGAGGACUUCACCUGCUUCUGGGCGGGCUGCGUGCGCCGCUACAAGCCCUUCAACGCCCGCUACAAGCUGCUCAUCCACAUGAGGGUGCACUCGGGUGAGAAGCCCAACAAAUGCAUGUUCGAAGGCUGCAGCAAGGCCUUUUCGCGGCUGGAGAACCUCAAGAUCCACCUGCGGAGCCACACAGGGGAGAAACCGUACCUGUGCCAGCACCCAGGCUGCCAGAAGGCCUUCAGCAACUCCAGCGACCGUGCCAAGCACCAGCGCACCCACCUCGACACGAAGCCGUAUGCCUGUCAGAUCCCUGGCUGCUCCAAGCGCUACACGGACCCCAGCUCCCUCCGCAAGCACGUGAAGGCCCAUUCGGCCAAAGAGCAGCAGGUGCGUAAGAAGCUGCACGCAGGCCCUGAUUCUGAGGCUGACGUCCUGACCGAGUGUCUGGCCCUGCCACAGCUCCAUGGGUCCACACAGCUGGGGCCCAGCGAGAGGAAGGGCAGCCACGCCCCGGAGCUGCUCCCAGGCGUGUAUCCAGGCUCCAUCACCCCCCAUAACGGGCUCGCAUCAGGCAUGCUGCCCCCCAUGCACGAUGUCCCUUCCAGGCAUCACCCGCUGGACGCCACCACCAGUUCCCAUCACCAUCUGUCCCCUCUGCCCGCGGCUGAGAGCACCAGGGAUGGGUUGGGACCCAGCCUCCUCUCACCUAUGGUCAGCCCACUGAAGGGGCUCGGGCCACCACCGCUGCCACCAUCCUCCCAGAGCCAUUCUCCGGGGAGCCAGCCCUUCCCCACACUCCCCAGCAAGCCACCCUACCCGCCAUUCCAGAGCCCUCCACCCCCACCUCUGCCCAGUCCACAAGGGUACCAGGGCAGUUUCCACUCCAUCCAAAGCUGCUUCCCCUACGGUGACUGCUACCGGACGGCUGAGCCAGCAGCCGGUGGGGACAGCCUGGCCGGGGAGGCCCACAGCUUCAACCCCCUGCGGCCUAAUGGCUACCACAGCCUCAGCGCACCUUUACCUGCCACAGGCUACGAGGCCCUGGCCGAAGCCCCAUGCCCCACAGCACUGCCACCACAGCCAUCUGAAGACAUUGUGUCCAGUGGUCCCGAGGACUGCGGCUUCUUCCCCAAUGGGGCCUUUGACCACUGCCUGAGUCACAUCCCGUCCAUCUACACGGACACCUGAAGGAAGGCCCAGCCCGCACCUGUCCUCCCUCCAUCGCAGACACUACCUUGCCCACUGGCCAUCUGUCCCCACCUUCCGUGCACCCAGCCCGGGCCACCAGGCCGAAGCUCCCCCCAGACUCAGGGUGCUGGGUCCGCAGCGGCCGCCCUGCACUGGCCAGGGAUGAUCGCCUGAGUCCGAGCUGGGUGCUCAGAGGUGCCCAUCAGGAUCCGCAACCCGUGACAUUCCCGUGCCUUCCUUUUCUCUCCCCAAUGGUUUUGAAAUCACAGACCUCGUGUAUAUAAAAUGUACAGAACUUGUUUUCCAUUCCCCUUCCAAUUUUAUAUUUUGGGUUUUACAAGAAAAACAUUAAAAACUGGAAAUGAG